AUGAUCGCUGUUGGCGAUGUGGUCCCGGCUGAUCUCCGUCUCAUUGAGGGAAUUAACCUCUCAAUCGAUGAGGCCCUUCUGACCGGCGAGUCGCUUCCAAUCAGCAAGCACCCCGAAGCCAUCUUCGAGGAGGAGGAUAUCCCCCUCGGCGACCGCAUCAACAUGGUCUACUCGGCCACUACCGUCACUAGAGGACGCGCCCGUGGUGUUGUCACCACCACCGGUAUGGAGACCGAGGUGGGCAAGAUCGCGCUCAUGCUUCGCACUACCCGCAAGCGGGAUGAGAACGCCUCUCUUACCACCCGUGCUCUCAUGCGCGUCAAGGCUGCCUUCAAGAGCAUCCUGGGUCUCGAGGGCACUCCCCUGCAGGUCAAGCUUAGCAAGUUUGCUCUACUCCUAUUCGGCUUGGCUAUACUCCUUGCCAUUAUCGUCUUCUCCGUCAGCAAGUUCGACAUCGAUGACCAGGUUCUCAUUUACGGUAUCUGUGUCGGUGUUGCUGUUAUUCCCGAGUCUCUCAUUGCCGUCCUGACCAUCACCAUGGCUGUUGGAACCAAGGCAAUGGCAUCCGGAAACGUCAUUGUCCGCAAACUGUCCUCCCUCGAAGCCGUUGGAGGUGUCACGAACAUUUGCUCCGACAAGACCGGUACCCUGACCCAGGGUCGCAUGAUUACCAGAAAGGUCUGGUUGGCUGAAGAUACUACUGCCAUCAUUGAGGGCACCACCGACCCUUAUGACCCUACUAGUGGUAAGGUGCGCUGGCCUGGAUCCGCCGCCUCGAGCUCGAACUCUAGCGGAGCGUCGACUCCAACGGUCGAGAAGAGCGACGACACUAUCAGGAGCUCUUCCAUGGACUCCUUCCUCAAAGCCAUUGCUCUCUGUAACAACGCAGCCGUCACCGACGGAAAGACUGCUACUGACACCGAGUCUAUGACUACUGCUACCGAAGUCCCUGUCGCUUGGAACGCCAUUGGCGAGCCUACCGAGAUUGCCCUCCAAGUCUUCGCCAUGCGCUACGGAAAAGGAAAGAACGACAUCGUCUCGUCUGAAAAGACCAAGAUGUUGUACGAAUUCCCCUUUGACUCCUCCUGCAAACUCAUGAGUGUUGUUUACGAGUUCCCUUCUGCUUCUCGCCAAGUCUUCACCAAGGGUGCCGUUGAGGUUAUGUUGCAACGCCUGGCUGAGCCUGAAGAAUUCAAGGCUAAGAUUGCUGCUAAGGCAGACGAGCUUGCUUCCGAGGGCCUCAGAGUCCUCUGCGUGGCUAACAGAGUCCUGGAAGACACUGAUAAUGCCAGCGAGAGAAACGAGGCCGAGUGCAAGCUUCGCUUCCUCGGUCUCGCCGGUUUAUAUGACCCUCCCCGUGUUGAGACGCUUGGCGCUGUGAAGCUGUGCAAGACUGCCGGUAUCUCAGUUCACAUGGUCACUGGAGAUCACAUUAAGACCGCCACUGCUAUCGCCCAGGAGGUCGGUAUCUUGACUGGCGGCGAGAGCCCCACUGCCGUCAUGGCAGCUGGCCAGUUCGACGCCAUGAGCAAUGAUGAGAUUGACGCCCUUGACGCCCUUCCUCUGGUAGUCGCCCGGUGCAGCCCUAUGACCAAGGUCAGAAUGCUCGAGGCUAUGCAUCGUCGCAAGGCCUACUGUAUCAUGACUGGUGAUGGUGUCAAUGACUCGCCCGCCCUCAAACAAGCUGACGUCGGUAUUGCCAUGGGCAAGAGAGGUAGUGACGUCUCCAAGGAGGCGGCGGACAUGGUCCUCACUGACGACAACUUUGCAUCCAUUGUUACUGCUAUCAAGGAAGGUCGCCGUUUGUUUGACAACAUUCAGAAGUUCCUGCUCCAUCUCUUGAUUUCCAACAUUGCCCAGGUCAUCCUUUUGCUUAUCGGUCUCUCCUUCAAGGACCGAAGCGGCACCUCCAUCUUCCCCCUGUCUCCCUUGGAGAUUCUGUGGGUCAACCUUAUCACCUCUUCGUUCCUGGCCAUCGGUUUGGGUCUUGAGGAGGCGCAACCCGACAUCCUCCUGCGUGCACCCCACGAUCUUGGCGUUGGAGUCUUCACUUUUGACCUGAUCCGCGAUAAGAUGAUUUACGGUUUCUUCAUGGGUUCGCUCUGUCUCGCUGCUUUCACGUCCGUCGCCUAUGGCCCUGGUGCCGGAGACCUAGGUAGCAUGUGCAACGACGGCUACAACUCUACCUGUGGCGUUGUUUUCAGAGCCCGCUCAACCGUUUAUGCUACUUUGAGCUUCCUUCUCUUGGUCACUUCUUGGGAAGUCAAGCAUUUCCAGCGCAGUCUCUUCAACAUGAACCCCGAACUGUGGACCGGCCCUUUCGCCGUGUUCAAGACGAUUUACAAGAACCGCUUCCUCUUCUGGGCCGUCGCCGGAGGCUUUGUCAUGACCUUCCCGGUCAUUUAUCUCCCUGUCGUCAACCGCGCCGUUUUCAAGCACGACAUGAUUACCUGGGAGUGGGGCAUCGUUGUCGCCUGCUUGGUGGUUUACAUCGCUCUUAUUGAGUGUUGGAAGGCUGUCAAGCGCUACCUCGGUCUUGGUAUGAACGCUCGCAUUGUUGGUGACAGUGUUUAA